GCAUUGGGGACACAAAACGUUGAAACACCUCCCCGACGGGCGCUCUGGAGUCUUACAUGAAUGGGAAAAAGCAUUGAAUGUCGAAGCGUUGGUUUGGGGAAUAAAAGCUGGAUGCGUAGCUUCCGUUUUUUAGUCGGUGUCUGUCGGAUUGACGCUGAAUCGUCUUUUUCUCCGUACUAGAAGUUUAAAGCGUGUCUUUGUGUGAAGCGGAAGCGGAGUAGCCGUUGGCCCAAACACCCAGCCUGUCAGUCAGUUGGUCAGAGAGAAACCCAGAGCAAAGAUGUUAGAAAAUAUUCUUCUGCUGCCCGUGGAGACACAGAUAUUUUACGCUGUGCUGGGAUUCUCGUGGACGGUGUAUCUCUGGGAGGCACACCUGUCCUACAGACAGAGGAGAAUAUAUAGGACAACUACACAUGUUCCCCAGGAACUCGGAAAGAUCAUGGAUCCUGAAACCUUUGAGAAGUCGCGUCUGUAUCAGCUGGAUAAAAGCAACUUCAGCUUUUGGUCUGGGUUGUAUUCAGAGACCGAAGGAACGCUGAUCCUGCUGCUGGGUGGAAUCCCAUUUCUGUGGCACGUUGCCGGUUCUGUGACGGCUCGCUUCGGAUUCAGCCCAGAUUAUGAGAUCACCCAGUCCUUGUUGUUUCUGACUCUGGCCACCCUGUUCAGUGCCAUUACUGGACUUCCCUGGAGUUUGUACAACACUUUUGUGAUCGAGGAGAAGCAUGGCUUUAAUCAGCAGACAUUAGGUUUUUUCCUGAAGGAUGCUGUGAAGAAGUUUGUUGUGACCCAGUGCAUCUUGCUGCCUGUGACCUCACUGCUCCUGUACAUCAUAAAGAUUGGUGGAGAUUACUUUUUUAUCUACGCUUGGCUUUUCACUCUCGUUGUUUCUCUGGUACUUGUAACCAUUUAUGCAGACUACAUUGCUCCACUCUUUGACAAGUUCACCCCACUGCCGGAUGGAGAGUUAAAGACGGCGAUAGAGGACAUGGCCAAGAGUAUAAGCUUCCCCCUCACUAAACUUUAUGUGGUUGAAGGUUCCAAGCGUUCUUCACACAGCAAUGCAUACUUCUACGGCUUCUUCAAGAACAAACGCAUUGUUCUGUUUGACACUUUGCUGGAAGACUAUUCCCCUCUCAACAAGGCUGGAGAGCCACAGCCUGGGCAGCCAGAGAGGGACGAGACACCCAGCGAACCGAUAACCAAGCCCAAGAACAAGAAGCAAGGAUGCAACAAUGCAGAGAUUCUGGCUGUUUUGGGUCAUGAGCUGGGCCACUGGAAGCUUGGUCAUACUGUGAAGAACAUAGUCAUCAGUCAGAUGAAUUCCUUCCUCUGCUUCUCCCUAUUUGCGGUUCUGAUUGGACGCAGGGAGCUUUUUGUGGCUUUUGGAUUCACUGAGAGUCAGCCCACGUUAAUUGGCUUGAUGAUUAUCUUCCAGUUCAUCUUCUCUCCUUACAACGAGCUUCUGUCUUUCUGUCUGACAGUCCUGAGCCGCAGGUUUGAGUUCCAGGCAGAUGCCUUUGCCCGCGGUAUGGGCAAAGCCUCAGAGUUGUACUCUGCUCUCAUCAAGCUCAACAAAGACAACCUGGGCUUCCCUGUUGCAGACUGGCUCUUCUCCAUGUGGCACUAUUCCCACCCUCCUCUCCUGGAGCGGCUCAGGGCGCUAGGCAAUGUGAAGCAGGACUGACGGGGCUGGAAGGGGGAGCGGCGAGCGCUGCCUCCUCCUAAGGGCCUCCGCAGACCUCUCCUGGCCCUGUGAUGCUGCCUGAUGUUUUUCUUCCCAUCUGUCCCCAACCAUUGAGUUUUAAUUUUUUUUAACCCAUCUCCACUUUACAUACUUUCAACAAAACCAAAAUAUUUCAGCGUGAGGCAACCUAAAAAGUAUUAGCCUUUACCCUUUUCCUCUGGAAACACCAAUUAUGCAGUUUGCUGUGAGGAAUCAUCUGGACAAUGUUUGUUUAGGAAAAGAUUGUCAGAGUAAAGUUUAGUUGACACUUUUAUUUAGCAGUUUUGGUUUUGAAAUUAUUUAUUAAUUAUGUUCUGUAUAUAUUUUAAAAAGACAAAAUACAUUUUAGGAUUUCUUUUCAGGUUAUUGACCUUGGUAUAAGGAUGCAGACAGGAUGUCAAACUAGUGAAGAAUUUGUUAGAAUACUUAACAGGUAUUCUAGUUGUCUGUUAUUAGCAAUAAAGGAAUUAGCCUCAUCUGUACUCAUGACAAUGCUUUUUAUAGAUAAACAGGCUAGAUUUUGAUUUGUCCUGCAAGCACAGCUUUGUUGUGGCCCUUGAACAGUUCGUUUUUGUAAGUAUCAAAAAGUUUUUUUUUAAUCAACAGUUUGAUGAAAUUCCAGUUUUUCAGGGGAGCUGUGCUAAACGGCUGGAAACCAUGACAAACGUGAGUGCCUCUGAAUCUCUUUUUGUUCUGAGAGUGGACACGAUGUGAACAGAGCAGUUCAGAAAGUUUUAGUUGAAGUUAAAUUAGACUUGAGAUUUUUAUUUUCUACAUGAAAUGAAGAACUAUGUUAUUUUUCUUAAGUACUUGCCUGCAUUAAAGGGUCCAACCAGCCCUGUACUUAAUGUCAUUGUAAUGAUUAGGUUUAGGAUGUAUGAAAGUGAAAAUGUUGAAUGUGGUUUGAGUUUUUAAGUUAACUCAAUGUUUAGUUUCUUCUCUGGAUUUCAGCCCAGGGUUGCCUGGCAGGCAAAGUAUAUAUGGGGACAUUGGGAAAGGGGGCUAUACAUUUUCCUUUAGCACACAAGCCAGAGUUUGGUUUGCUCAAAAGGGGGUUGAUGCUUUCUUUGCUGUGUUGAAUAAAAUUCUGCAAAGCAUGUA